AUCGAUUUAUCGUUCAUCACUAGGCCGGCCGCUUGUUUACGUGUUGCAUUAGAGGAGUGUUGAUUAUUUGGAAUUUCUAUAUUUGUAUUAAUAAUUAGCGUUAAACAUGACAAAUCUACAGCGUUGGCUAUUCUAUGCAACGCUCUUCGCAGUGCCUUACCUGAGCAUUGUAUUGGGAACAGUGCAAACAUCAUUUACAACCAAAUAUUUGCUACACAUUCAACUGCUACCGCUGGUGCUGCUAGUUCUUUUUGGUAUAUAUUCCGCAUGGAUUGUGCUGUAUCGCACUUUCACAUUUAACGACUGUCCCUCAGCUGCAAAGGAAUUGCAGCUGGAGAUAUUGGAGGCGCGUAAAGAUUUGAUUGCAAAGGGAUUCAAGUUUCGCGAUUGAUGCCACAGAGAAUGUUUUUAAUUAAACUGACAUCUGCAUGUACAUACAU